UCAUGCUGGGCACCUUUAUUCUGCUUUGGCUCGGCAUCUGCCUGCUCUUAUACCUCCUCAGGAAUCACAGGGCCAAAAACUUCCCCCCUGGUCCACAACCCAUCCCAAUAUUUGGAAAUAUUUAGCAGCUGAACCUGGAAAAUCCCAUUGAUGAUUUGGAAAGGCUGUCAGCGCGCUAUGGGAAGCCUUUACUUCGGAGGCAGGCCAGUUGUGAUCAUCAAUGGAACACAGGCUAUGAGGGAAGCAUUGGUGACGAAGGCUGUAGACUUUGCGGGACAACCCAAUGGACUCCUACUCAGCCACCUCACACGAGGCAAAGACAUAUGACACCAUGACACUGCUGAGGAGUCUGCUUUUGCCCUUCCAGAGACCUCUAAAGGACUACCACACAAUUCAACUCAUGUCUGAGAUCUUAGAGCAGCACAGAGCCACCCACGUCCCCAAUGAGCCAUGAGAUGUCAUCGACAGCUAUCUGCACCACAUGGAUAAGAGGACAGAGGGCAGCGACCCUCUCCAGAGCUUCCUGCAGUGGUGUGAAGGAGUGGGGCUGAAACUCAACAACAAGGUGUACAUCAGCAAGGAGGGCACAGUGGCAGAGUAUGGCAUGCUGGCUAAGGAGGACAUAGAUGAGGGAGAGUUGCUCUUUACUAUACCCAGAACGGCUCUUCUUCAGCAAGGCACCACCAAGGUCCUGGCUGUGCUGGAGGAGGGUAAAGCAUCUCUGGAGAACACGUCCGGCUGGGUACCCCUCCUCCUGGCUCUGAUGUAUGAGUACACAUCUCCCCAGUCCCACUGGAGGCCUUACCUAUCCCUCUGGCCUGACUUCACAGCUCUGGAUCACCCCAUGUUCUGGUCAAAGGAUGAGCGGGACAGACUCCUGAAGGGGACAGGGAUCCCAGAGGCGGUGGACACUGACCUCACCAACAUCCAGAAAGAGUACAAAGACAUCGUCCUACCUUUCAUCACGUUACACCCUGACCUGUGGGACCCAGCGAGACAUACACUGGACCUCUACAGAAGCCUGGUGGCUUUUGUCAUGGCUUACAGUUUCCAGGAGCCCCUGGAUGAGGAUGAGGAGGAUGAGAAGGACCCCAAUCCCCCCAUGAUGGUGCCCAUUGCGGACAUGUUGAACCAUGUGUCAAAUCACAACGCCAAUCUGGAGUACACACCUGAGUGUUUGAAGAUGGUGUCAGUGCGAAGUAUCCGGAAAGGAGAGGAAGUGUUCAACACAUAUGGCCAGAUGGCCAACUGGCAGCUCCUACACAUGUAUGGCUUUGCCGAGCCAUAUCAAAGCAAUAGCAACGACACUGCAGACAUACCCAUGUCCAAUGUAUACAAAGCAGCUGUGCAAGUGACUCGGUCUGAAGCUGAACAGCGCCUCCUGGUGGAGAAGUGGAGUCUGUUGUGUGAGAUGGAGAUGGUGGGAGACAAGGGAGUCUUUAUCUUCGGAAAGUCAGGGUCCCUCACCGACACAGAGAUGUACACAACACUCAAGAUCCUGUGCAUGUCAGUGGAGGAGUUUGAGGACUUCAGAGAGAACGAAGGCUGGGAGGAGGCAGAUGAUGACGACGAGGAGAAAAUGUUGCAGGCACUCUCCAACGAGGGUCUGCCUAGUCUGCCCCCUCUCUGGAGGCGUCUGGUGCACGCUGCAGCCCGCUUCACACUGGACUCCUACGGGGAGGACAUGCAGAAGGACAAGGUGCUGCUGGAGGAUAAAGAUGGCUAUGCUAAACUGAGCAGCCGGCAGAGGAGAGCACUGCAGGUCCGCUACGGCCAGAAGACUAUCCUGCACCAGCUUCUGGAGCUCACCAAACCAUGAAUAACCACUGAAUCCAUGCCAAAGCACUCCCUGAUUUAUGACCUCCACUCAAAACAAGCCUAAAGGGGCUAGGCCUAGCCACUGGCUAUUGGAACUGAACAUAUUUGGAAAACACAACUGAUUUAACUGUAUCCUUGUGAAUUUGUAUGAGACUGAUGAGCUAUAGCUUCGAGACUGUUGGAAGUACUGCUCCAUACAAGGUCCUUCACGGGUCACUAAGUUACCCAAACCGGCAAUGGACUGCAGCUAUCGCGUGAACUGCUCAUGUUAAACAUUACAUAUCGUUUUACCUGUUGUAAUGUACAUUGUCAUGUUUUGCAUAAUAAAAUUAAAACAGCAGUCUCUGUCAUCGGAGGGAAAAAAACAAAUGCAGUUCAAUUGUUUAAUGAGUUUAACUACAGUAUGCAUACAUACAGGAAAUAAGUAGCAAGAACUAAAGGCAACUAUAAAGGACUACAAAAUACAACACACGGACCAAUACAUUUACAAAACAUUCAAAAUCCUUACAAAAUGGGCUGUAUUGGUCCUUUUGUUCUACAAUUUGGAUCUUUGUACAAAUGUUAAGGUUCAAUUCCCCAUCUGAAAUUUAACAAUUUUACAAGUUCCGGGGAGAACCUAACCCACUUUAAAAUGGAAAGACCAUUGCCCCCACC